AUGCGAUACUUUCUGCUCUCAUCGUGUCUUCUAUUCGUUUUUCUUGUUACCGCCCAAGCUUGGGACUGUGGAGAACACGAGAGAUGGUCUUCCAGAGUCUCUUGGUACAUUGCUCGUCCGUCAUUCGAUACAGCCUGUGAGUUUUCAACAAACUGGUAGUUAUUAUUUCCCAACUUUCAGAUAUCAACAGUUGCUGUAAGCAGCACGACUUUUACUAUGAAAACAGCAAAUUCUACGGUUAUCCAACAAGGAUCUAUUCCGACUUCAUUUUUGGCGAGUGCCUUGGUCGCAGUGAGAGCAAGUGAGGAAAUCGGCACGUGAUCUUUGAUCAGUUAAGUCAUUUUUUCAGAUGGACUCGCUAUGUGGUCCGACCGGUGUUCGUUGUGAGCUUGGUUCUCAAUAACUUAUGGGAGGCCCUUAAGUUUUGGUAA